AUGUCUCAGUCUGGACCAGUAACUUUCAAGGUUAAGACUAAUUUCGCCUGGUCUGGUGAAAAGAAGGAUGAUUUAGGUUUCUUGGAGGGUGAUUUCAUUGAAGUGACCAGAGUAACAGGAGAUUGGUAUUUUGGUAAACUGAUAAGGAACAAGAAACAAGGCUAUUUCCCAAGUAACUACGUGUCAAUUCUCGAAGAACAAUACAAUACAUAUCUUCCGACUAAGCAUCAAAGUAACUUGCCAAGAUCUCCACAACGUUAUAAAGAGCAUGCAACAUCAUCACCUGAAUUUCGAAAGAGAGACCAAUUUUCUUUGAGAAAGAACCAUACCAACGAGGAACUUGCUGGAUACUCACAGGGAAAACAGUAUAGCAGAAGUUUUGGUAGCAAAGACAAAUAUACCAUUCCGCAGUCGCAUUCCGCAUCCAAUAUUGCUAAAAGGACAGGGAAAUUUCAAGAUAAAUAUUCCUCAAGCCGAGAAAUACCGAACCAACCUCCUCUGCCUCCAAUUCCAAAGUCUCCUUCGACACCAUUAUUCAAUCAUAUCUCACAAACAGGAGGCUAUACCAAUGGAAUGAAUCAACCAUUAAAAUCUACGGAUUCGUUUGGUCGGUUUUCCCACACAAGAUACAUGGAGGACUCGUUAGCUAGCAGUGAAGAAAGUUUUGCUAUCAUGAGCGACUUUAGUGCUACCAGUGCUGGCAGUUUUGCCCGUCAUAACUUUGCUAGAUCUUUCAAGGAUUCUACAGAUCGCUCAAUGGUAGCAGAACAAAAAGAUACAACAUCUAAGUUAGGCAGUCAAAGCAUGAAAGAGAGCAAAUUUGAUAUAUUCAAGAAAUGGUUACCAGGAAAUACGAAGGAGUAUAACCCCGGAGCAAAUGAUUAUCCUAAAUUGCCUAAUAUAGAAUCACUGAACAUUUCGGCGGAUAAUCAUGACGCAAAUAGUUGGAUGGAAGCUGAGGCUCAACUAAGAAGAGCGCUUACCAUCUCUUCAAAUGAAAGAAGAGAAAGAGGUAUGAGGGCAACCGCGAAAAAUGUUGAUCUUUUACUGUAUCCUCAUUCAGUGGUCAACAAGGACUUGUAUUCCAAUGAAGUAUUGCAUACGCGUCAGCCAGGGAUUGUGGAUGAAUUCCUCUACAGCGCUGAUUUCAAAAGAGUCGAUAAGUCCGCUAGACAGCUCUUCUUUGAAAAGUUGCCCGUUCAACUUUCCGUUGAGUCAUUUGCCCAAUAUAGCUUUCCUUCACAAUAUUUCACACCAUUGGAACAACUUCGGGGAUUAUUUAUAUUCUGUACCGAACUCUUCAGAUUGAUAGACGAUAAUGGUAAAACAGAUUUCAACCGUUCCCCUGAGAACUUGGAGAAGGCGCUAGAAAGGAGAUACUGUACGCCAUAUGAACUAACGUGGCUGUUCAAAAGAAUGUCCACUGCACUGAACAUUAAAAGUGAAAUAGUUUUUGGUUUCUUGAAAACACCAAAUGCAGACAACUCUACUUUCAAGUUAAACCACUGCUGGUUGCAGGUCUGUUUUUAUGAGGAAUGGAGAUUUGUCGAUGUCAUCCUUGGCAACAUAACAAACCCCAUUCAUGAAUAUUUGAAUAACAAACCAGCUAAGAAAUGCGAACCGUUCUAUUUUUUGGCCUCUCCAAUGACUUUGAUCAAUACUCACGUUCCAAGAGAAUAUUCAAAACAACAUAUUGUUCCAGAACUGGAUCUGAACAUUGUUCUGAGUUUGCCCGUGGUUUUCCCUUCUUUCUUCAAAAAUAGGCUAAGACUUUAUCGGUUCAGCAAUGGGUUAUGUGAUCUUGAAGAUAAUGAAAUUUUCGAGUGCACUUUGAGAAUCCCCAACGAUAUUGAGGUCUUUUCAAACGUUGUUGUGGAUGAAGAAAAUUCCUUGCAAUACAAGACAAUGAAUUUAUCUUUGGUGCAGGUGUUAUCUCAAAAUAAACGCAACGCAGUAAUAAAGGCUGUUCUUCCUCCCGGUGCUUCAAAGGGGACCCUUUACAUACACUCUGGUAUCAAAGGUACACAGUGCUCCAUUGAGAAUAUUCAUCCAAUUUCAAUGAUUUUGCCAUUAACUGCAUCUGGAAAUCCUGGUAAUUUUGAAUUUGUAUCUAGGAUUCCAUCAGAAGCAGUUCAAAGAGUGGAAGUGUACAUUAAAGAACCUCAAAACAAAUUUUUAUCGAACAAGAGGAAGUACAAAUUUGAAAUGAUUCAGAAUCCAACUGAUGGGAUCAUCCAUCAAUCCAUGGACCGGAAUUUGAGUCGUGCUAUGCUUAUCCUAUCUCCAACAGGUAAGCGCUACAAAGUGAUCAAGAAUGAUCCUCAUCUGCCUUUUGGAACCUGGAGUGCUUCUAUUGAGAUUAACGAAACGGGUAGAUGGAAUGCUAUGAUAAUCUCCGAUGCUGGAUCUGGAUGGUGUGAAUUUGCGCAAUGGGAGAGUAGAUAA